AUGGGAGAGGAAGAUAAGAAGAAACCAGAGGAGAAAAUGGAGGAGAAGAAAGCAGAAGAGCCACAAGUAAAAUCAGAGGAUAAAAAACCUGAAGAAGAGAAGGAGAAGAAGAAAGAGCCUCAAGAGAUUGUGCUUAAGAUCUUUAUGCAUUGUGAAGGUUGUGCUAAAAAAAUCCAUAGAUGUCUUAAAGGCUUUGAAGGAGUGGAGGAUGUAACAACUGAUUGUAAGAGUAGUAAAGUUGUGGUGAAAGGAGAGAAGGCACAUCCAUUAAAAGUGUUGCAAAGAUUGCAAAGGAAGAGUCACCGUCAAGUGGAGCUUCUUUCACCCAUUCCGGAGCCUAAACCGGUUUCAGAUGAACCGGAGAAAAAGGAGAAAGAGAAGGAGAAACCUAAACCCCUAGAGAAAAAAGAAGAGGUAGUGACAGUGGUGCUGAGUGUUCACAUGCAUUGUGAAGCAUGUGCCAUGGAGAUCCAAAAGAGAAUCAUGAGAAUGAAAGGAGUGGAGUCUGUGGAACCAGAUUACAAAGCCUCACAAGUGAGCGUGAAAGGGGUUUUCACACCGGAAAAGCUAGUUGAAUACGUUUACAAGAAAGUUGGGAAGCACGCCGUAGUUGUCAAGCAAGAUCCGCCCCCAAAACCGCCGGAGAAAGAGAAAGAAACGAAAGACAAAGACGGGAAGAAAAAGGAAGAGAAACAGCCCAAAGAAGGAAAAGAGGCCAAGGAAGACGAUGGCGGAGUGGCCAAACCCGUGGCCGGAGAUGGUGCUGCGGCGGCGGAGGAAGGGAACAAAGUGGUGGACUUAAAGAAGAAUGAAUAUCAAUACCAGCCACCGAGGUAUCCCGUGGAGAUGUUUGCUUAUCCACCGCAGAUAUUCAGUGACGAAAACCCCAACGCUUGUACCAUGAUGUAA